GCUCCACCCCUCCUCUUCCUCCUCCUCCUCCCUUUCCUCCUCCCACUUGUCCUCCCUAGGCUCCAAGUCUGCCACUCCGCUUCGCCUCCCCCGUCUCCCUCCUCUCCGCUGUCCAGCCCGGCCGGUGCCCAAAUCAGGCCGGCACGAUGCCGCCCAGCGUGGUGAAGGUGGACGGGUUGGAGGUGGCCGCCGUGGGCUCCGAGCCCACCCACAUCAACAUCCACAUCCACCAGGAGUCGGGCGUGGCUCAGCUCCUCCGGACAGGGAGCAGCCUGCUGCCAUCUUGUCCCCUCCUCAAGAGCACCGAGGCCGUGAGGAUGAAGCGGGCAGAGCUGGCGAUUGGGACGGCGCAGAUCGUGUUGGGAUCCGUGAGUGCCGCCCUGGGGGUGCUAUUUUGUUUGGGUACCUGGAACGAUGUAUUUUCCACGGGCUGUGCCUUCUGGACCGCGGCGGUGGCCAUCGUGACUGGUGUCAUAACCAUCGUUCACGAGAAGCGCCAGGGAGGCUGCUGGAAUGUCCUGGCCCCCGUGCUAACCCUGGCCAGCUUCUCCACCGCCGUCGCCGCUAUCGUCAUCGGAGUCGGGGACUUCAGAGUUCGUGAAUAUUAUAAUCCCUACAUCUGUGAGUCUUCCUCCCAGUCCACCUGGCCCACGUUGCCCCCCAGCACCCCGGAUCCGCAAGAGCUCUGGCGGCAGAAGAUUUGCCUCCAGUACCUGAGCAUGCUGUCGAACCUGUUUCUAGGAAUCGAGGCCCUGACCCUGGGAGUCUUCAUCGUGCUGCUCGCUCUGUCCUUGACGUCCAUUGGCAUGGGCCUCCGUCGCCUGUGCUGCCGGGUCCCUGAGCCGCAGGAAGAGGAUGAGGCCGAGAAGAAACUGCUGACACAGGAUUCGCCUCCAGCUUCACCCUACAAGAAGCCUGUGGAGAUACUCCACCUGUGAGCCUGUCCCGGAAGAGAAGCACUCUUGGCUUUCUGGGGGACUUGACCACCCCCCUUCCCGUCUUCUGCUACAGAGGGGGCCUCUAGGCUGCGGAGAGACCCCAUGCCCCUGAGAAGCCCCCAACAAGCCCUUUCUGCUGCCACUGCCUGGCAUACCAUCCUCCCCAGUCCCUAAAUCCCACACACACCCACUGUGCCUCUUCCUCUCCCCCGGAUCUUCUCACCUUCUUCACACUCUGCCUCAUCCCACCCUGGCCAGGUUAUGAUAAUAAAUGCUUUGACUGCA